AUGAAGGAAACAGUGGAUCCAUAUGGAAUCACAUUUGCUCCUACAGCGUAUACCUUCAACAAAGCUGUCGUGAAAAUAAUGAAUCAUUUUAAGUGGAAAAGAGCUGCACUUGUGUAUGACUAUUCAGGAGAGGGAGGCCUUUACGUUAAGUUCGCAGACAUUCUGGAGCAGAUGGCUGACUUCAAGAUAACGGGUAUUGGAGCUAUCAGUACCGAAGAAGAAAUGAGCCUAGUAAACGUGAACCAAGAUGUCCGAGAAAAGAUAAAAAGACUACAGGAUUUGGAUACCAAAAUAUUUAUUGGAGCGUUCGACUCUCGGGGAGCUGCUCUUGUGUUUUGCGAGUUAUUCAAAAUGAAUAAUUUUGGACCGGAGUCUGUUUGGAUCUUACAUCCGGAUGCUGGAUCUGUGAACGAUUGGGAUUUUCAUGCAGCGGUUGAGAGAAGAAAGAAUAAGACCGGCACUUGCACUAAAGAAGAAUACGAAAAAGCUGCUGAAGGAGUUUUUAUACUUGACAAACAUAUUUUAUAUCGCACUGACGACAAAACGGUAACCAGUUCUGGCUUGUCUUUAAGACAAGUAUUCGAUAUGGCAGGUGUAGGAGCCCUGAGUGACACAUCUAAAAUCCGGAUGACAACAGCUUUCGAUACAAUGUGGGCCAUCCUGCUGGCUUUGAAAGAGUCCAGUGCAGCGCUGCCCCAUAGUUUGCCCCUGGAACACAAUGUUGAAAGUUUUUUAGGAAGUUCAAAAAUAACUGAAACCAUACAAUCAAAACUUCGUGAAGUCAGCUUUGAGGGACUUACGGGACUGGUGUCCUUUACUGAGAAUGAAGAAAGAGGAGGAAUAUUAGUAAUUAGACAAUAUCAAGGUAGGCAAGCAGACGAUCAUAAAUUGAUCUUAUAUGCAGGUGAAUGGACGGGUAAGAAUGAUCAAGCUAAAAAUUACACGUCAGACCAAAGGCGGCCCACGCGUACUUUGUGUGAUUUUGGGGUCUAA